AUGCCUGCAUCUGGAUCCUGCACCUCUAUCAUCAACCUUCGUUACCAAGAAGGCAGCGAGGGAAGUCCUUCCAACCCUGCCAAGUUAAGAAACCAAGACUUUGCGCAGCUGAAAGCUAACCUCCGCCGAGGCCAGCUCUUUGUGGACCGCACCUUCCCUCCUGACAUCAGCUCAGUGGGAGAUCUGCCUGAAUUGAGCAGACGGCAGGAAGCCCAAGUGAAGUGGCUUCGACCAGCAGACAUCUUGAAACUUCAAAACAACACCAAAGACCCUGUUUUCUGUACCAAAGGAGCCUCACGCUUUGACUUUGCUCAAGGCGCUGUAGGUAACUGCUGGUUUCUGGCUGCAAUUUCCUCACUGACCUUCCGCAAAGACCUGAUGGUGCAAGUCGUGCCUAUGGAUCAGAACUUCAACAACUAUUCAGGGAUAUUUCACUUCAGGUUCUGGAGGUUUGGCAAGUGGGUGGAUGUUGUCAUUGAUGACUUCCUGCCAACAAUGAACAAUCAGCUACUGUCUGUGCGCUCCAAAACCGAAAAUGAGUUCUGGGCUCCACUGAUGGAGAAAGCUUAUGCCAAGGUUUGCGGAUCGUACACAGAUAUGAAUGCUGGUUUGCCAUCAGAGGCCUGCAAAGAUUUCACUGGAGGCGUGAACGUGGAUUACAAACUCCAGGAAGUCCACUCUGCAAACCAUAAUGAAGAGCUGUGGAACUCACUGUGCAAUGCCAGUGGCUGCAACUCCAUGAUCUGCUGCGGUACAGCCCAGAAAGGCGGUGUGUUGGUGAACACUGUAGCCAGCUCUGGUAUUGUUGAUGCACAUGCCUACGCUGUCACAGCAGUCACUGAAGUUCAGUAUUACGGCUCCAAAGUGAGGCUGGUGCGACUCUUCAACCCUUGGGGCCACAAAGAGUGGACUGGAAAUUGGAGUGAUAAGUCCGGUAUGUGGCAAAGAGUGACCCCAGAUGAUCGGGCAAAGUGUGAGGACCGCAACGAUGGAGAGUUCUGGAUGGAGUUGGAGGACUUCUGUAGACAUUUCCACAUGUUGUUCAUCUGCUGUGAGAACCCCAACUUUAUCGACGGCGACGUCAAAUGCCAAUGGAAAUGCCAGAUUUAUGACGGCAAAUGGAUAGCUGGGAAAUCUGCAGGCGGCAGCAUGUCUAACCGUUCCUUUGAUACAAACCCUCAGUAUCGCAUGAAGGUGAGUAUCAUAGACAAGGAAGAGAAGAAAGACAAAAACAUCGUCCUUACUCUGAUGCAGAAACCUAGGGAGGAGAAUCGCAAAAGGCAUUCAACUUAUGCAAUCGGGUUGACCGUCUUUAAGCUUCCACCAGGGACACGAUCGGGUCGCCUGAGUUUGGACCAACUUUACCGAAUGCAAAGACUGGGGGAUACAAUGAUGUACACCUAUGAGAGGGAGCUGGUUGAGAUGCACAGCAUGGAGCCUGGAGAGUAUCUGAUCGUCCCUUCCACCAUGGACCCCUACCAGAGUGCAGACUUCUUUCUAUCGAUCUACUCCAAGACUGAUGCUAAGAUCAGUCCCCAUGAUGAAGAUGAUGAAGACGAUGGUCAUGACCACGAAGAUGAGAAGGAGGAGGAGGAGGAUGACCUAACUCUUCCUGAGGUACCAACCGACAAUAACAAGCCUGAGGAGAAAACCCCUGACAAGACCGUCCGCGAUCUCUUCAACCGAUACGCUGAUCAGUUCGGUGAGCUGAAUACCGUGCAGCUCAGGAAGCUCCUGAAUGACAACGUCCCGCAUGGCAGCUGGAUGGGCUUUGGGUAUGAUACCUGCAGUAGCAUGCUUGCCCAGUUCGAUGUCGACAAAAGGAGGAGGAUGUCCCUCAUCGAGUUUUCAUCUCUCUGGCAGAAAAUAGCAGAAUACAAGCAACACUUUAAUCGUGCAGAUGUGAAUAAGAGUGGAUCCCUGGAUGACAGAGAGCUCAAGAUGGCAAUAAAGGCUGCAGAACCAGAAAUUGACUUGAACAACACUCUGGUGGAGCUUAUGACUUUCCGUUUCUCCGGCACUGCAUCCGCCACUUUGGAGAGUUACAUCUCACUCAUGUUAAAUCUGAACAAAACCUCAAGUAUUUUCAAAGACAAAUCAACAGAUGGAAUUAUCACCCUGUCUUUUGAGGAGUGGGGAGAGUUCUCCUUGUACUAG